CCCCCUUUGAUACAUACAUUUCAACUCUUUACUUCCCUUCUCCAUCUCUGCUUCUCUUCUCAACUACAUCUCUCCUACUCCUCUUCGUCCAACUCUUCCACAGUUGCACAAAGCAGUCUCCACCUCUUAUAGUCUACUGGCCGUCUCACACACAGCAGCCUUAAUCAACAACAACUGAACAACGUCAACUUUACCGUUUGCCACCCACUCUCUUUUCCACAAGUCAUAAUGUCCACCGAGGAGAACAAGGUCGUUGUUGCCGCCACCGAGGCUGUCGCCCCCGUCGUCGAGGAGACCCCCGCCGUCCCCGCCGAGGUUGUUGCUCCCGUUCCCGAGGCCGCCACUGAGGUUGCUGCCCCUGUCGAGGCUGCCGCUGCGCCCGUCGCCGAGACCGCUGAGGCCGCCACCACUGAGGCUGCCGCCACUGAGGAGGCUGCCGCUGAGGCCGCCGCCGACGCCCCCAAGACUGCCGAGAAGAAGGCUGCCGCUGUCAAGGACAAGGUUAAGGGUGAGGGCAAGGGCUUCUUCGCCAAGCUCUUUGGCAAGAAGCCCAAGUCGCCCAAGGCUGAGAAGCCCAACCCCGUCGAGGCCGCCGCCGCUGAGCCCGCUGCCGAGGCCGCUGCUGAGCCCGCUGUCGUCGAGGCUGCCGCUGCCGAGCCCGCCGUUGAGGCUACCGAGGCCGCCGCUGCCCCUGCCGCUGAGCCCGUUGCUGAGCGUGUUGCUGAGGUCGCCGCCCCCGCCGCUGAGGCCCCCGUCGCUGAGGCUUCGGCCGCUGCCGAGGCCGCUCCUGCCAAGGAGUCGGCUGUUCACAAGGCCGAGGCCGCUGUUGAGAACGAGGCUGCCAAGGCCCUCAAGGCCGGCCGUCGUCUCUCGGCUCGCUUCACCGGCUUCUUCAAGCACAAGGACACCCCCAAGAAGGAGGUCGCCGCCGCCAAGGAGGAGGUCUCUGAGGAGGCCCCUGCCGCCGUUACCGAGGCCGUUGCCGCCCCUGCUGCCGCUGAGGAGGCUGCCCCCAAGAUUGAGGAGCCCGCAAAGACUGAGCCCAUCGAGAUCGAGGCCCCCAAGGCUGCCGCACCACCCGCGGCUCCUGCUGUUGCCGCGGCCGCUUAGAAGACUUGCGAGAGCCAGAUUGACGACCCAAUGUGUAUCCCUGUCACCACCCUCGUCCCCCCUCCUCCCACUCCCACCUCCAUCACCCUCUAAUUCCUGUUUAAUUCACCCCCUUUAGUGGUGCCUCGUGUUCGUUUCAGCCUUGAAGCGCAUUAUACGACCCUGUGAUGCUAGUCCUCUUGUUACCUGGCAAGGUUCUUGGCGCCUGGGUCUUAAUAGCUUGUCGUUAUGCAUGUUGCUGGGUUGA